CCUUUCUGAGGAGAGAGACUCCUUCCUGAGGAGACAGGUUCCUUCCUGAGGAGAAAGGUUCCUUCCUGAGGAGAGAGGUUCCUUCCUGAGGAGAGAAUUUCCUUUCUGAGGAGAAAGGCUCCCUUCUGAGGAGAGAGGCUCCUUUCUGAGGAGAGAGGUUCCCUUCUGAGGAGAAAGGCUCGUUUGUGAGGAGAGAGGCUCCUUCGUGAGGAGAAAGACUCGUUUGUGAGGAGAGAGGCUCCUUUCUGAGGAGAGAGGUUAUACUGCGGUUCUUUGUCCUCCCCCAAGAGCAAGCCUAGAGUGCCGCCAUCUUGGGAAGGAUGGCGCCCGGGCCACCAUCCCGAGAGUGGUGUGGCGUCAUUUCCCGCACUCUGUCACCAUCUUGAGUGCGGCGGCGCCGCGAGGUUUGUGGGUUUUUUCCUGCUCCGCCAUCUUGAGUGUUGUGACACGUGAUUUCUACUGCGGUCGCCAUCUUGAGAGUGGAAUGACGCCAAUUCCUGCAACGCCGCCAUCCUGCGUGACUUGUCGGGUGACUUCCUGCAGCCGCAGCCCAAUGCCACCUGGCAGCCGCACCGCUGGUCCGUGGGCUCCCUGCAGUCCUCGCCCGGCACUGCCAGCACAGCCGGGACCCGCGCCUGGUGCUCCAACGCUGUUCCCGGGCACGGCGCGGGCGCCGGGGCCGGCGGGAGGCGGCGGCAGGCGCGGAAAGCACGGUGGCGGCGGCCCGAGGAGGCACUGCGCGUGCGCGCGUUUCGCAAUUGCAGUACCGCUUUUGAUCUGCGGGAGGGGCCAGAGAGCGCUUGGGGCAGUGCGCAUGCGCGCCUGCCGUGGCUGCAGUGCCGCCGUUGGCCUGCGGGUGGCGGUCCGAGCCGCCAAAUGCGCCGCGCAUGCGCAGUGCCCCGCGGCCGGCGCAGGCCGCAGCAGCGCUGGAGGCCCAGGCGAGGUUCCGGACUUGGUGUUCCAGUGAUGCACAAAAAACUUCUGAUCGCACAGAGCUGCUCCUGUUGUCUUCGUUGAGGCUGCAGUUCAUACUGGCACAGAUGGCAUUGGGCAGGAGGGGCAUUGAGACAGAAUCACCACUGCUGAACUCAGCCUCGCCAACAAUGCCGGCUUUCCUAAAGAGCCCGGAGGGGUGUUUCCAGUUGAAAUCCCACACCACGACAAUCGGGAGCCACAAAGGGGCCGACAUCGUCCUGCAGGCUGCAGGAGUAGCAGACCGUCAUGCAGCCCUGGAAUUCUCCACCUCAAACAACAGCUUCAUCCUUCAAGACUUCAACUCCCCCCACGGCACCUUUGUCAACAGCUGCCAGGUCCAAAACGCGGCCGUCAGGGUGAGACCGGGGGACAUCCUGAGCUUCGGCAGCGCGGGAGCGUCCUUCGAGCUGGUGGUGGAUGGGGCUGCCCAGAUGUCCUGUCCCCCCAAGCGCCGCGUGGGGUGGAGUGGGCAGCUCCAGGUGGUUGCAGAACCCAAACUCUGGACUCCUGCAUCUCCUCUGUGCCUGCCCUCGCUGCAGGGGCAGCUUCCCCCUGGCUCCCUGGGCAGUGGGGCCCCCAGAGCCCCCGGCCACGUGCCCCAUCUGGUGCUGCCAAGGCGACCUGCGAGUGCCCGGGAUAGAAGCACAGCCAGUGCCACCUCUCUGCACACGUCCAGCAGGACCCCUGUGCUGAGGCCAGUCUCAGCCAGCUUCUCAGGUGAUGGUGCAAGCAGUGUGGGGAGAGCCCCUUCCCUGGGGCCUCAUGAGGUGGAUCUCCUCCUGCAGGAGAAGCAGGGUGAGAAGCUCCUGGAGAAGGAAAUGGGUCACCUUUUUGGUUUGGAAACAGAGUCAAAGGGGAAGGAUGUGCUGAUAAGAGACCUACAGGAAGAGAUCGCAGCCAUGGCAAAGAAACUGGCCCAGGCAGCAGUGAGGAACGAGGCUGAGCUGACCCAGAAGCUGCUCACCUUCAACCGAGAGCUGGGAGCCCAAACAGAGGAGAUCAAAGCCCUGAGGGAACAGAUCAAUGACCUGCAGAAAGGCUCAAACCAAGUUUUCAGCCAUUCCCUCCGUGAAAGAGACCUGGAGAUCGGGAGGCUGCGGAGAGAAAGUGAGAAGUUGAAGAGGGACCAGGCUUUGACUGCAGGUCUGGUGAGCAACAUGCAAAGAGAACUCACGCAAAAGAAGCAGAAAAUCCAGCAGCUCCAGCAAGAGACUGAAAAACUGAAUAAGGAAAAUCAAGAGAAGGACAAUCAGCUGGCUGUGGUUUCAGCCAAGUGCUCAAGAAUUAAAGAAGAAACAAAGCGUGAACUCGGAGAGCAAGAACUCAUCUCCUGCAGAAAUCGCAUCGAGGAGCUGGAGCAGGACCUGGAGCAGCUGCAGGGAGAGAUCCGGAGGCAUGAGAGUGUCCAAAAGCAACUGGCUGAGAAAGCCAAGGCAGAGGAAGAGCUGAAGGCAGCCUGGUCCCAGCAGGCAGAGCAGCUGCAGGAGAUGGGGCGCAGGGAACGCCUGCUGCAAUCUGACGUGCAGCAAGCUGGGGAGCAGCUGGAGUCCUUCAAGACCCGAGUGAUGCAAGUCUGUUGUCCAUCAGCAGCUGGCAGCACAGGGAAAGCUGUAACAGAGCAGCAGGUGAUAGAGAAGGUCAGGCAGAUCUCUGAUGAGAACCAACAAAGUCAUGAAAGAGAGAAGAGUCUGCAGAAGGAAUUAAGCUCCAGGCUCGCAAAGGAGAGGGAGGUGUCUGCAAACAUGGAGGUGUUCAAGAACUCCCUGCAGAAGCUCCAGGCUUGCCUGAGGAGGCCCUGCAGCAGUGCCAGCCUGCGAGGGGAGCUGGGGCAGCUGGAGGUGUUGUGCCUGGACCCCUCUGUCUCAGCCAUCAGGACAGCAGUGGUGGACAUGGCACGUGGUCCCCUGUCCUGGCUGGAGGGUGCAGAGCAGCUCCUGGACAGUGCGGGGAUGGACCUGCACACCUCUAGCAAAGGGCUGUUGGCUGCUCUCGGGAACUUGUUGGAAAAGAGUCAGGAGACAGCACAGAGGAAUCAGAUGUUGCAGGAGCAAUUAGAGAAGCUCCAGGAGCUGCAGGCAGAGCUGCUGCAGGAGCACACAAAGGAGCUGGAAGCAAAACAUGAGCAAGACUUACAGAUAAAAAUCCAGCACAUUAUCCUGGAAAAGGACAAGGAGAGCAAACAGAUUCUGGAAAGCGCUGUCACUGAGGAGAGGGACAAAUGCAAGAAGUCUGUGGAGGAAAAAGAGAAGAAGAUCCAAGAGUUGGAAAGCCACCUAAGGAGCAUGGCUGAGGCAACAGCAAAGAAGGCAGAGGAGCAGGAGCUGACAGAGGGAAAACUGAGAGAGGCUUUGCACGAGCUGAAGGAAAUCACUGCACAAGAGGCGGUGUUACAGCAGCAGAACCAACAGCUCAGGACUGUCCAGGAGGAAAACGAGCUACAGAGGCAGAAACUGCAAGAAGAGGUAGCAGGAUAUAGGGAGCAAAGCAAGCAGCAUUCCCUGACCAUCUUGGCUUUAGAGGACAGGCUGCUAGAGGCCACUCAGCAGCAGAAGGUGCUGGAGGAGGAAAAGGCAGCACUCGUGGAAAAAAUGGAAGGAUUUCAGUGUGAUGCCCACAGCUCAGCAUCAGGAGCUUGGCUGAAGAUUUGUCCUGCCAUGGAGUCUCACGUUUGUCUGAGAAAACUGCAGGAGGAGCUGGCAGUGGUGCAGGGCACACUCCUGGAAAAGAAGGCAGUCAUCAGCAGGCUCAGCAGGGAGCUGUCAGAAACCAGAACCAGGAUGUCAGACAUGAGAGGGGAGCUGAGUGAAGAGCAGAAGGUGGAGCUGGAGCACAGCCAGAGGCAGCUGAAACACCGGGAGUGGGAAGUGAACCAGCUCAGAAAGAAGCUAUCCAAGAUGUCCAGCCUUGUGGAGGAGAAGGAUCGGGCCCUGAAAGCAGCAGCUGAAGAAUUAAGUCAAGCCCAAACGCACUGCCAGGUGCUGAGGGAUGCUUCCCAACAAACACUGGAGAACGAAGAGGAUGCUCCCAGGACACCAGUGCAGGAGCCACCAUCAGACUUGGCUGAGCUCGGUGCAAAAUGCCGAGGCCUCAGGCACGAGGAAACGAUCCAGCGCCAAAAAGCAGGUUUGGCCGAGCUCCGGGAGAGAGUAAAGAUGCUGGAGAAGAGACAGUGCUCAGGUGCUGUGAAGAGCGAUUCAGAGCCACUGGUGGUCCGGGUGAAAGACUUACCAGAGAAAAUAGUCCAACCAAGAGGUCUUGAGCUGGAACCUGCUUCUGUGUUGGGAGGAAAACUGAAGGCUGGCAAGGCUCCUGACCAUGUUCCUAAUGGGAGCUCGUUCAGGAUCACCAACAGCACAGUGAGCUUGGAAAUGGCUGAGGAAACAGAUUUGGGUGAGAAGAUGUACCUUGAUGUAAUCGGUGCUCUGGGAAGCCUGGUGGAGAUGAAGGAGCUGUCAGGAAUGCAGCCUCUGCAGCACCUUCCUCAGGAGAAAAGGGCAGAAGUGGGACUGCAGAGACAGAAGGCUCUGGAGCUGUUGUACAAGAAGAUCAGGAACCUCCAGGUUCACCUGGAAAGGAAAGAAGAAGUGCUAAAAGAUUAUGAGGGAAGUGUGGAGCAGCUCAGGCAGAGCCAAGCUUCCCUGCGAAGGUGCCAGGAGGAGAUGUCCAGCCUGGAAGAUGAAGCCCACAGGGAGGCAGAAGAGAAGGCUCUGCUGCGAGAGGCUCUGGAGAGGAUGCAGCUCCAGCUGGACCAGGAGAAGAGGCUGCGGCAAGCAGCCAAACGGCACAAGCCUGGAGCCACAAAGACUCUGCUCAGGCAAGCCAAAGGCCAAGGAGUGCAUGGCAGAUGCUGUCAAAUUGGGAAGGGAAGCUCAUAGGAGCAGCACCAUGGGGACUCUCACUAGGUGGUGGUCUGCAGUAGGAACAGUCAUCAAAGUGGACUCUGAGAGGGUGGAGGUGGCAUGAGGUGAGAGUGCAUUUUGAGGAGCUCCAGUUUGUAUCCCGUAGCUCCUGGGCACACUGGUGUGACUGUACAAUGUAGGACCUUAUUUUCCCACAGUCCAUGUCCCCUAGAGUGUGGCGGGAUUUAUGGCAGUGGAAAAGGUGGUGAAGAUAUAUCCAGUGUACACGUGUGUGUAUUUGUGUGUGUGAAUACAGCCCAGUGAUGUGUGAA